AUGUCUCCCUCGUCUCCGCGCGCCAUCGUCUCCCCCUCGGUCCUCGCAAGCAACUUUGCCCAGCUCGGCGACGAGAUCCGCCGCAUGAUGAAGUGUGGAGCAGAGUGGGUACACAUGGACGUGAUGGACGGUCAUUUCGUGCCCAACAUCACGAUGGGUGCACCGGUGCUCGCGAGCGUCAACAAGGACGUCAAGGACGUCUUCAUGGACUGCCACAUGAUGGUCAGCGAUCCGGAGAAGUGGGUCAAGCCGGUUGCCGAGGCGGGCGGAAAGAGCUACACCUUUCACAUCGAGGCGCUCGCGGAUCCUUCCAAAGCACCCGAGCUGGUCGACCUGAUUCACUCGCACGGCAUGCGUGCGGCAGUCGCCAUCUCCCCCCACACUCCCUCCAGCGCCAUCUCCACCUCGCUGGGCCAGAAAGUCGACAUGCUCCUCGUCAUGACUGUCGUUCCCGGUGCCGGCGGGCAAAAGUUCAUGAGGGAGUGCGUGCCCAAGGUUAGCGAGUUGAGGGAGAGGUUCCCCGAGAAGGACAUUCAGGUCGAUGGAGGGGUUGGGCCGGGGACGAUCGGGUGCUGCGCUAGGGCUGGCUCGAAUGUCAUCGUCGCCGGCACCGCUCUCUUCGGCGCGUCAGACCCCAAGUCAGUCAUCGACGACUUCAAGAAGCAAGUGGACGAGGGCAAGAGCGUCUGGGGCACAAAGGAGGCGCUCGAGGGUCUGUGA